AUGUAUUUUCGGACAAAAAGGUUAAUGAUGAAUAUUCUGCAUAUUUCUCGAUAUACCUUUUUAUGGAGUCGGUUGUUUGAAAUAUGUGUUACUUCACAAUGUGAGAUGUCAGACAUGCAAACGAUCACGAAAAACAACAUGAGGUUCAAAUUUAUCUUUAAGACAUUCAGUCCAAUGGGAAGAAAAAUGUGCAUAAAGAAAUGCCUUAACUAUCCCUCAUGUCUGUCAGUUAAUUUUGAAAAAGCAAGACUGAAAUGUGAACUGAUUCAGUUUUCAAGUGAAGCAAAUUCCGUGUUUUUAUUGGAACAAUCUGGAUUUAAACACAUUAUUUUCAACAAGAUGAACGCGUCAAAUAUAACUGCAAAGAUAUCCUCAUCAUUACCAGGAAAGUGCAAUGAAAUCAUUUGCGAAAAUGUAACGACACAAUCAGGACAAAGUUUCUGUUUGAAGGAAGGUACCCGUUCAGCCUAUGGAAACGUUGCACAAAGCAAAUCCGUUGCCUCCAGUUCGGUAUGGGGCGAUGAUCUGGUGAAUUUUCAUCCCACGAGAUUAACUGAUGGCGACCAAAGAGCAAUGAGUCCAUACUGUGCCGCGACAAAGCAAGAGAGUACUCCAUGGUUAAGAAUAGAUCUAGGCAAUGCUUAUCAAAUUGAUCAUGUUCUUGUAUUCAAAGGCUGGUCUUCGGAUGAACUAUGUCAGACAUAUGAGGUCCGAGUUGGAGCAACGACGACCUGGGACGACAUGACGUCAUGUGGAGAAGGAUCACACGAAAGAAAUGAAGUUAUCGUCUGCAAAGAUUGCCUACUUGGCCGUUAUGUCCAACUGCAACUAAAAUCAACAAAUAGCAACUGUUAUAUUGUUUUAUGUGAAAUGGAGGUUAUUGCAGCAGUUGUGUAA